AGGAGGAGGAGUAGGAGGAGGUGGAGGCUGAGGAAAAAGAGAGACCAUAGACUUCCACUUCGGCCUAGAGCGUCCUUUAAAGUGUUGGGGAGAGGAGGGCGGGCGGGGACCACCCCGAACUGGCCGCCGGCGGUAUCAUGGCGUCCCGGAACCCCCCUCCCCAAGACUAUGAAAGCGAUGAUGAGUCUUAUGAAGUGUUGGAUUUAACUGAGUAUGCAAGAAGACACCACUGGUGGAAUCGAGUAUUUGGCCACAGUUCGGGACCUAUGGUAGAAAAAUACUCCGUAGCUACCCAGAUUGUAAUGGGUGGUGUGACUGGCUGGUGUGCAGGAUUUUUAUUCCAGAAGGUUGGAAAGCUUGCAGCAACUGCAGUAGGCGGAGGCUUUCUUCUCCUACAGGUUGCCAGUCACAGUGGCUAUGUGCAGAUCGACUGGAAGAGAGUUGAAAAAGAUGUAAACAAAGCAAAAAGACAGAUUAAGAAACGAGCCAAUAAAGCAGCACCCGAAAUCAACAAUAUAAUUGAAGAAGCAACAGAAUUUAUCAAGCAGAACAUUGUGAUAUCCAGUGGCUUUGUGGGAGGCUUUUUACUAGGCCUUGCAUCUUAAGGACUCGAAGGCUCUAUCUUAGUGGAUCCCCCAGUGAGAAGAGAACUGGUGGCAGCCGGGCGAUCUCUGAACAGCACAUGCCCCAGAAUCUCCAGAAUGAGCUGGACAAUUGCGAAUGCAACAGCUUAGCCUUUUGCCACCUGAAGCUUGACAAGCUAGAAUCUGCUGUAAGACAACCUAUGUGCUAUGUAAACAAUAGUAUUCUUGGCUUUUGUCAGUUUUUUUCAAUUUACAUUUAUUUAGAAACUUGCCUAUGAAUAUAAUCAUUGGAUAUAUGGAGACAGAAAAAAGCUGUUAUGUGUACUGUCCAAUGAAAUAUUACCCUGUUGCAUUUUAAAAGUUUUUUGUGUUUUACUGUAUAAUGCCAAUGAUUAAAAACUGUCUUAUGGCUGACUUUUUAAAAAAAUGUGUUUGCAGUAAACAAAAGAAUUGUAUUACCCCUUUGUAGAAUGAUUUAGAAACAAUAGAAUAAUUAUGAUAUUAAACUCUUCUGGUGUAUCAAUCUUUUUUCCCCUCCUGUUUCUUACUUUGCUUAUGUAGUAUCUUUUCAUUAAAGGCUUUUGUAAGGAAAUACUACAUGCCUAAAACAUUUUUUCUUCUGUAAUGUCUGCAGUUUUUAAAAUGUUUCAUUGUAUGUUCUAGUUUGGCAGUUUGUUUGAUUUAUUUAUCCCUGAUAGUGUAGACAGAACUAAUUUGGGAGUAUGUUAUUACUUGGGUCAUUGAUACAUUUUAUGAACUUCAAAUGCAUCUCAUUUUUUAUUUCUAAAAAUCCUAAUUAUAAUUUUGGCCUCUUUACCAAAAGGUACAGAUUGCUUUAAAAUGCUUAAUGGUGUAAUAUGAAUUUAUUGUCUGAAGAACUGUGAUUUUCUGUGUAGUCAUAAACUUAUAGCUUAAAUAUAAUUGCUUCCUUGAUUGUGUGGCUCUCACGCAUUGGCAGCAUUAUGUUGCUUGAAUACUAGGCCAGUUCACUUGUUUCUCAGGGCCAGCAUCACACUUGUUCAGAGCCCCCCUUGUCCAAGAACAACUUUCAGUAUUGUUGUCUUGCCAAGAGUUCUAUGCUGGCGUUGGGGAAAACGGCAGAAGAGUAUAGGUUGGAGUCUUCAGAUUGGAAAGAUUGCAGCUAUUCAGACUAUCUCCUUGUGAUAGGAAGCACCCAUAGUAUAUUCUUUGUACUGUAAAUGUGUCGUUUCAUAUUUCUGGUAUUGGUUACAAGCUGUGUGCUUUUACUGUCUUGAAGUUCUUUAAAAUUGAAUGUGGGAUUGAUUUUUAAUUCCUUUUAUUCUCAUUAGUGUCUCAUAGAAUGCUAAAUAAAACUCAGUUUCUUAAUAUGAA